AUGGCUGCCCCAACAGUCGACUUGCUCGACGAUGAGGUUGAAAAGCUUCUCAGAGAUGCUGAGCUGCGCUUGGCAUCGAAGCAAGCACCGCCAGAAAAGAGCCUGAUCAAGCCUCAAGACCACUCCACCGCCUUGACUACUGUUCCUUCCACCGCCGACAAGACUCAGGCCGCCGACAAGAAAGCAAAGCAGUCCUCCGCAGGAUUGACGGUACGAACACCCGAGCUGGAUGCUAAGAAGAAUAAGGGUGUCGCCGAGAACGCUGGACCGGAUUGGUACAACAUGCCGCGCACAAACCUCACCGAGGAUCUCAAGAAAGAUCUGCAAGUGCUCCGCCUCCGUUCUGUACUUGAUUCAAAGAAGUUCUUCAGGAAGGACACGCGCCAGAAAUUGGUACCGGACUUUUGCCAGCGCGGAACUAUCAUUGAGGGACCGACCGAGUAUUACAGCGCCCGUCUGACACGGAAGGAGAGAAAACGAACGAUUGUGGAAGAAGUCCUGGCUGCCGAUGAUGCCAAUGCCAAAUUCAAGACGAGAUACGAUGACAUUCAGACACGGAAGAGCAGCGGCAAGAAGGGCCAUUACAAGAAGCUGGUCGCUGCUCGCCGAAAGCGGAGGUGA